AUGCCGUCGAAGGCACCUUCACACCCAAGAUCAUCUAUACAGCAGCACCGAAGGCUGACCUCUUACCAUGUCUCGUCGCGCUCCCUUGUCCAGAGCGCAUUGAACAUUUCUCCCAAACACACCUCUUCUUCGCAGGCACCGCCAACAUUCCUCCUCCCCUUCCGCUUCCGCGCGCAGCUACAUCAAGCAACGAGCCAGCAAUCCGCAACCACUCCGAUCUCACAAUUUCAGAACACCCAGCCUGACAUCCCACCUACAUAUCUCUCCACGACCGGAGGCCAAACAGGCUCGUCACUCUCCGCGAACCCAACGACGACGAGCGUUCCCUCAAGCACGACGUCCCUGUUGUCAAGACCACUCGUGCUCUCCCGCUCCGUGCAGACGCUGCUCCCGAAACUCCACGGCCAAAAACCGCACUACAUAGUCGCCCACAUCCACCGGUUCCCAUACCUCUUGACGGAGGGGGACACGCUGCGCUUGCCCUUCCACAUGAAAAACGUCUCCCCGGGCGAUAUCCUGCGUUUCAACCGCGCCAGCAUCCUGGGGAGUCGGGACUUCACGCUCAAGGCCGGCACGUCGAGCACGGAGAGCUACGACGCCAAACGCACGGGCGAGCCCAAUUACUUGGACGAACGGCUCUUUGAAUGCAGGGUCCGCGUCAUGGGCAUCGAGACCCAGCCGAUGGAGUUCAAGGAGAAGAAGAAGCGGCGCAAUCGGCACAAGAAGGUCGUGAAAAGUAAGCACAAGUACACGUUGUGCAAGGUCAUGGAGGUCAAGACCAAGGGGCUGGAUGAGUUGAUAUCCAGCGAGAAGGGGAUGGUGCUGUUGGAGGGUGAAGGUGACGGCGAGGCACAACUGCUUGAAGAGGAGGGCGGGAGCCAAAUUCCCACCAGAAGCCAGUCUGCUGCGUGA